AUGCGGCUCUGCGCCAAGCAAACUCAAGCGUCACUGCCGUUACUGCACUCCCCCCUGUCAUCGACCGUGACUCACCCCCAAAAGGGCCACCUCUUCAGCCUGACCAGCAACACCACCACCGCCUUCCGCAACCUGGAGCAAGCCAUGCGCGCCGCCGACGCCCGCAUGAUGGGCGUCAGCGUCCUCGGCCGCCGUGAAACGGUCAUCCUGCGCCACCCGGACGACUGCGCGGCCGUGUCGCGCGACCAGGAGACUUAUGGCAAGGCCAACACGGGGUGGCGCCACCUGGAGAGGUGGCUGGGCCGGGGGCUGGUGGCAGAGUCUGACGUGGCGCACCAUGCGGCGGUCAAGGAGGUGCUGCUGCCGGCGUUCAAGGCGGCGUCCGUCAAAGGGUUCGUCCCGCUGUUCGCCGAGGUGGGAGAAGAGCUUGCAGACCUGAUAGAGGGGGCGGCUGCCAAGGACCCUUCAAAGGCAUACGACGUCCGCAACGCCUGCCGCCGCGCGACCCUGGACGUGAUCGGCAAGGCCGCCUUCGGCUUCAACUUCGGGGCGCUCGGGUACGCGGCCGCGCGGCUGCGGGAGGGCCGCGGCGUGGAGGAGGGCGGUGGCGGUGCCGCCGCCGGCAGCGCGGGGGCGGUGACUGACGCGCAGAUUGGCGACGCGGAUUGUGACGUCAUCGGCAUCUUUGACGCCGUCCUCUUCCCCGCCAUGAUCCUGCUGUUUGAGCUGCCGUUCCCUCAGUUCAUGAUCCCCGGCAUUGAUGGUUACUUCAAGGGGAUCGAGAAGCUAGACGCUGUGAUCGCCAAGAUCAUCGCCGCCAAGCGCGUGGGCGGUCCAGCUGCCCUGGAGGGCGGCGACAUCCUGUCUUUCAUGCUCAAGGCCCAGGCAGCUGGCAAUGACGUCAUCACCGACAAGCAGAUCAGGGACGAGCUGCAGGUCUUCACCUUGGCUGGCAGUGAUACAACCGCAGCUACCCUAUCCUUUGCGCUGUACGAGCUGAGUCGCCACCCGGAAGUCCAAGAGGCGUGCGCCGCCGAGGCAGCCGCCCUGCUUGGUGACGGCCCGUCCCGCGGCGCGUCUUCGGCGGCGCUGCAGUCUCAGAUGCCGAUGCUGACAGCUGUCAUCAACGAGACGCUGCGGCUGUACCCAGCCGCCACCGAGUACGUGCGCUGCACCACGAAAGACGUGGUCCUGGGCGGCUACGCCAUAAAGGCCGGCAGCUUCGUGCUACCCAGCCCCUACAGCACGCAGCGCCACCCCGACUACUGGCCGCGCCCGGACGAAUGGCUGCCCGAGCGAUGGCUGCCGCAAAACGCGAAGGAGCUGGCGCCGCACGCCGACAAGGCGUGGUUCCCGUUCGCCCAGGGCCCCAGGGCCUGCAUCGGUCGCUACUUCUCAGUCCUAGAGCUGCAGACCAUCCUGGCGGUCUUGCUGCGGCGGCUGCGGUUCGGGCGCGUGGAGGGGUACGACGCGGUGACCUGCGAGAACUUCACGCUGUCCACAGUGGACGGCGCGUUGGUGCUGCCCGCCACGCGGGCGCGGUAG